AUGCCUAUCUUCGCUGGUCUUUAUAAAACUGGAGCUAUCAAUCUUUUCUUGAAGCAUUAUAGAAGAAAAGAGCACUGCAAUUCAUUUUGCAAGAAGUGCCAAUGUAUAUCAGCCAAUCCAUUCAAACAAGGAACUUUUAACAGCCUAACUCGCUACUUCGCUAGCAAAUCACAAAUUAACAAGGUCUCCCUUUACCUUCAACGGGCCAAACUCAUUGAUUCAAUUCGGCUUGCUCUUCGGUCCAAUGCUCCAAGGUCCCUUAUCUCCCUUUUGAAUGAUCCCAAUCUAGAUUCCUUUGUGGUCACCAAUGCAAUCCGAUCUGCUCCCUCUCUGGACUCUGCUCUCUCGCUUGCUGAAACCCUGAAAACCAUACCACAUUUCACACACACUCAACAUACACUGCAUGCAGUGGCCAAAAUCUUAGCCAAGUCCCAACAAACCGCAAAACUCAAAACCCUUGUUGAUGCUAUCAAUUCUGGGAAAUUUUCAAAUGUUGCACGGGUCAGCUUCAUGGACCGCUUGCGGUGGUAUGCUGCUGCAAGAGACCUUGAUUUGCUUCUUAGUGUUUGGGAUGAAUGGAGAGCCCUGCAGAAACGACCUUGUGUUGAGGCUUACAACAUCGUGAUGGGUGCUUAUGCACGUAUGGCUAAGAACUCAGAGGCAGUGAAGAUAUUCUUUAUGAUGAUUGAUGAAGGACUGGUUCCUAAUUCUAGAACUUACACUGUUAUCAUUGAGCAUCUUGUGAACUCUGGAAAAUUGGAUUCAGCAGUGCAGAUUUUUAGUGUAUUGCCAUUGAUGAGGAUCAAGCGUACUCUUAGGCAGUAUUCACUUUUGGUAGGGGCAUUCACUGUUAUCAAACAGUUUGAUGUGGUUAAGAAUUUACUACAGGAAAUGCAGACAGAUGGAAUGUUGCCUGGUCAAUCUAUGCUAUUGUCAUUGCAGUGCAUGCGGAUGGCUGGAUGA